AUGUGCAUUCCGACGGUGCAGCUUUUCCGAUUUCAGCAGCGGAGGAAUUUUCGCUCUUUCGCAAAUCGUUUCACCUUCUCCGGGAGAUUACUUUCAGAUCCUCAAGCUCAGGCGUAUUUGGAUAAGGAGUGCACUGAGUUCUUACCCUGGUUAGAACGGAUUGCUGGAGCCAAGAUAACGGAUACGCUUUCGAUUGGGAAAUCUACCUAUGGCAGGUCGUUGUUGGCGUCAAAAGUUAUCCAUGCCGGGGACUGCAUCUUGAAAGUCCCGUUCAAGGCGCAAAUAACUCCAGAUGAGCUUCCCCCUGAUAUUAGAGUUUCAUUGACUAAUGAAGUUGGAAACAUUGGAAAGCUUGCUGCUCUUCUUAUAAUCGAAAAGGAAAGGGGUCAAAACUCUAAAUGGGUCCCUUAUAUCAGCCGACUUCCUCGGCCUGCAGAUAUGCACAGCACGAUAUUUUGGGGUGAAGAUGAGUUCAAGAUGAUUCGUUGUAGCGCAGUUCACAAGGAAACAAUAAAACUCAAAGCUCAAAUAGAAAAGGAAUUCUCACUUGUUGCACAUGCAUUUACGCAACAUAUUCCCGGGGUAAUUAAACGUCCAGAUCUGGAAGAUUUCAUCUAUGCAUAUGCUUUAGUGGGAUCUCGUGCGUGGGAAAUCGCAGAGGGCAUAUCUCUGAUUCCAUUUGCAGACUUCAUGAACCACGAUGGGCUUUCUGCAUCAAUCGUUAUGACCGAUGAAGACACCCAACUAUCAGAGGUGACUGCAGAUCGUAACUACAGUCCUGGUGAUGAGGUGCUCAUUAAUUAUGGAGAAUUCUCAAAUGCUACACUCAUGUUAGAUUUUGGAUUUACCCUUCCGUACAACAUUCAUGACGAGGUUAAAAUUCAAAUGGAUGUACCAAAUGAUGACCCUCUCCGCAACAUGAAGCUGGGACUUCUCCAGAGACAUCACACUCGAAGUGUCAAAGAUAUCAGUAUCUUUCACUCUUCUUCUGAUACUUUCACAAUCAAGGAAGUGAAAUCUGCUAAAGGGAAAGGGAAGGGAAUUCCGCAGUCUCUUCGUGCAUUUGCCCGUGUUCUCUGUUGUACCAUUCCUCAAGAGCUGACUGAUUUGUCAAAAGAAGCUGCAAAUAAUGAUGGGCGACUAGCUCGGCUUCCCUUUAUAGACGGGAGCAGAGAGUUGGAAGCACACAAGAUCAUCUUGUCUCAUAUCAACAGAUUAAUUGAGGAUCAUAGCGCUUGCAUCAAGGAAAUGGAAGCAUAUACUUGCCAUUUUGUAUCACAAAGAUUUGCAGUUAGAAGGCAGAUGGCAAGAGAUCUCCUCUUCGGUGAGCUUCGUGUUCUGAGAUCUGCAGCUGAAUGGCUCGAUCAUUAUUGCACAAACUUGUUUUCAACACCUUAG